AUGGAAACCCUGACUCAAUCUGAAAAAUAUUCACUUCUCGUCUUCUGUCUCCUGGGAGCCCUCCUUGUCUCCCAGCGCGGCUUGUCUCCCAUGCGAUGGCGGAGAGAGAGACAGAGAGGAAAGGAGAUGGAGGCGGCGACGCCGGAGGUGGUAAGGAAGGCGGAGAGGCUGGUGGUUUCGACCAUGGGAGGGCGCGACGCCUCCCACGACGCGGCCCACGCCUUCUUCGUCCACGACCUGGCCCUCUCCCUCGCCGAAGAAAAGGGCUUGGAUUCCUUCCCUCAAAGCUUGGAGAUAGCAAGGCAUUGCUUGAUGCUUCACAUUUGGUGGAAGUAUGGACCAAUACUGCAUGACCUAAGCUAUUGCCAUGACAGGGUUUAUCAAAGCAAGCAUAUUUGGAGAAAGAUGAAAAGCAGACUACAAUUAAUCAUUUCCAUGAGAAACUUUUCAAACUGAAGGAUUUGAUGAAGACAAAGG